CGCUAAGCUGUUCUCAGUCACUGCGAGGCACGUCCGCCGGCGCCGCCAUCACGGGAAUGGCUGCUUCCGCCGGUGAAGCUGCCGGCGCAACGACCCCGGAGGCGCCCUCACCGUUCUCUGACGACUGGAAGGAGCGGAUCAUAUUCCCUGCCGCCGGCGCCAGCGUGGUUGGAGCCGCGUUCGGGCUGCUGUCGCGGCACCGGGCACGCCUUGGCGCCGCCCGUGCCGCUGUCACCUACGCCGCUAACCUUGCCAUCGUCGCCGGGUGCUACGGAGGGGCACGUGAACUCGCAAGAGAUGCUCGAGCCACAAGACCUGAUGAUCCCAUGAAUUCUGUUGUUGGUGGGCUAGCAAGUGGAGCUGUUCUUGGUCGAAUACAAGGCGGACACUUUGGAGCAGUGAAAUAUGCAGUCACCUUUGCAGCUGCUGGUACCGCAAUGGACUAUGCUGCGUUGAAGCUGGCCCCUGAAUGGCAUGCCUGGAAAGAACAGCUCUCUGAAAAGAAAGACUGGUUUACACUACCCGAGUGGUCUCCGAUCCAAGUGUUAGAUGAGGAAGCUUUGGCUAAGAAAAAAGCUCGAGAGGAGAAGUUGUUUGCCCAGCGAGCACUCGGUAAACUUGACAAGGAGGAUUCCUAGCUACACCGUAUUUUGGAGAACUGCAUACAGACAGAAAUAUGAUGAAUUUUAGGUGCUUAUCUGUUUGUCUCCCAAACCAUAGUGUUAGAAAACACUGAGAUUUUUUUUUAACUUUUCCUGUACUUUUGGGGAAUGCCCAUGGAAAAGCAAACCUAGCUGGUGCACUUCCAGGUUUUGACGGCCAGAAACAUCGCUACAAAUAGCUUGUACUUCGUUAUGCAGCUUCCACCUUUUUCUUUGUGAGUGGAUUUGCACUUCGUUUUGGAAGUUGAUGUUUGGAUCUGGGAUCAGAAUAUGCGUUGUAACAACUUUUUCUUAUAUUUUUUUCAGUACAAAUGUUAUGGCAUAUGUUAAUCCUUAGAACGUGGCA